AGUUAUCUGAACUUCUCAAGUCGCCCGCCGACGGCACGAUGGCGCUGAGCCACCUCCGCCACGCGCCGCUCGCGCUCCGCCUCGCGAGGCUCCCGCCCCUCGCCUGCUCCUCCCACGCCGCCCGCCGCCUCCUCCUCUUCGCGCCUGCUCGGCCGUGGCGCCUCCUCUCGACCGCCUCGAGGCCGCGCUCGCUCGCCACGGUCGCGGCCGCCGAGGCCGACGACGCCAGCGCGGGCGCCGACGGCUUCUUCGCCGAGGACAGCACGACCUGGAAGUCGCUCGGCCUCUCCGACCGCCUCGCUUCCGCCUUGCAGGGCACUGGGCUCGCCAGGCCGUCGUUGGUCCAGGCAGCUUGCAUACCACAUGUUCUUUCGACGAACGAUGUAAUUGUUGCGGCGGAGACUGGCAGUGGCAAAACACAUGGUUACCUGGUUCCACUGAUCGAAAAACUGUGCUCCAAAUCUUCCUCCACAGUAGAUGAUGAUCCUCAGAACGUUGCCGCAGGAACGGAUAAUGUCGUGUUGGUUCUUUGUCCCAAUGUCAUGCUGUGUGAACAAGUUGUUUUCAUGGCUAAUUCAUUGCUUGAUGUAUCUGGUGAACCACUUAAGCGUGCUGCUGCAGUUUGCGGGCCAAAGGGUUGGCCAGCUGUUCGCCCAGAUAUUCUUGUAGCCACCCCAGCUGCUCUUUUGAAUUAUCUAUUUGAUUAUGACCCAGAGAGGAGGCGACGGGAGAAAUUCUUGCGUCAUGUGAAAUUUAUUGUAUUUGAUGAGGCAGACAUGCUACUGUGCGGAAGUUUUGAAAAUCAGGUCAUUCGUCUCAUCCACAUGCUGCGGUUUGACGAGAAGCUACUCUCAAGGGCCGAAGAUUCUGGAAAGGAAGUGCUACCUGAAGGUUCUGACGAAUAUCAUGAGGAUUCAGGCUCUGAGAGUGCUGAAUUUAGUGAUGUUGAUGAGGAAAAUGAUGAUGGUCAUGUUCAAGAUGGAUCAGUCAAGCCGGUGGAGAAUGCUCAUGUAGGAGGACGCAAGGACUGGAGGAGGGUUAGAAAAGUCUAUAAACGCAGCAAGCAAUAUAUCUUUGUUGCUGCCACCCUGCCUCAGAGUGGGAAAAAGACCGCUGGUGGUGUGCUGAAACGAAUGUUUCCUAGUGCUGUGUGGGUUAGUGGUGCUUAUCUGCACCGUCACAACCCUAGAUUAGAGCGAAGAUGGAUAGCAGUUACUGCUGAUACGCAAGUUGAUGCUCUUCUGGAUGCAGUAAAGUAUGGCCUUAAGGGUGAAGUUGACCAAGAACUUGGUCCGAAUCGAACUAUGGUGUUCACAAACACUGUCGAUGCUGCUAAUUCUGUCUUUGACAUACUGCGGCGAGUUGGCAUUCCAUGCAUCCUGUACCACCGGGAGAGCUCUCUGGAGGAAAGGACAGCCAAUUUACAAUCUUUCCGGGAAGAUGGUGGCGUGCUCGUUUGUACUGAUGCUGCUGCUCGUGGACUUGAUGUGCCAAAUGUUUCCCAUGUAAUUCAGGCGGAGUUUGCAGCUUGCGCUGUUGACUUUUUGCACAGGGUUGGUCGCACAGCCAGGGCUGGCCAAUCUGGAAUAGUGACUAGCCUAUACACGGAUGCAAAUCGCGAUCUCGUGAGAGCAGUUCGUCAAGCAGAGGAGUUGGCCCAACCAGUGGAGAGAGCGUUCAGCAGAAAAAGAAGCUUCCGCAACAAGUUGAAGAAGCAAGCUCGACUACUACGGGAGCCUGCAACGUUGCUGUCUUAACCUGCGGCACUUGACGACUUUUAUCCGUAGAAAGAAACAGUGGUUACUCAUCAUCUCGUGUUUCCCUAGGCGACCUAGUUUUGCUAUUUACUUCUUGCUGUUUUUAGGAUUCAGACACAUGUAGGAGAAUGAAAUUGUUUAUGCCUCAUCGAUCCUGUAUGUUUACACAAUCUUCUCUGUGCAAGAUAUUCUAUUGACGUUGUAGUCAAGAGAAGAAUAAAAUUCUUUGAU